AAAGAUUAUGCAGAAGGACAACAGAACCGAAUAUGAGUCGUGCUUCAGCAAAAGUCGAUGUAAAAAACAUCGUGAAGAGAAGUUUAGCUAAAACCGCUAGAGUUUUCUUGAUUUGAAUAAUGUCCAUUCACCAAAAUAUGGUUAUGCCUUUUCAAUUCAGGUGAUGAAGUAAAAACUCGUGUGCAAAUAAAUGUAUUGUUAGGAUUUUUCAUAGUUUUUUAAAACUUUGCUUGACUCUCCUCCAAGUUCUUGCCAGGAAUUGGCGAAGUCAACCGCAAAGGUCAACAAGAAAUCGUUAACAUAUCAUUAUUUCCUUUUAUAGACGCACUGGUGAUAAUGGUCAGUUUUGAUGCAUCAGAAGGCGUCGUUUCAAAGUUGUAUUGUACCAUGCGUGGAAAAACUUUAUGGUUUGGCUUUCUUGUUCUCAUUGUCCUGUUAAUGAUUAUGCUUGGUAUAUACAACGAAAGGGGAAAUAUUUUAGAUCUUUCAGCACUGUAUCGCAGUAAAGGUGAUACAAUAUCUCCUAUAAAGCUUAAAGAUUUCCAAAAUAAAACGCGGAAAGGUUGGUGGAAGAAUUUAAUGCUGAAAAGCAAUGCGAGUCCUUCGACAGUACUAUGUGCGUUUCAACCACUAACCAACAAAAUAUUUAAAAGAAAACGAAAAACAGUUGUACUUGGCAUGGGCGUUCAUUUAGGGCACGAUGCUGAUCAAGAGUUCUCUUGCAGGAAAUCUGGAAUAGAGUAUAUUAGUUGGGAAAUGAGGAGUAAAGACGCACCAACAAUUAUCAAAAGUUUUUUAGUUCAUUCCUACGACCAAAAUCAUCUCCAUAAAACUCAAAAAAUAUUUUGGGAAAAACUACGCAAUCACCCGCAAUUAGUCAAAGCAGACAUUAUAAUAUGUGGUUUCGACGUAUGGCAUUGUCUCAUAUUUGCACCGUUUAAUAAGAAAAUGAUCCUAAAUCCUGGUUAUAGAUUUGAAGGCCACUUACCAACUAAUGGUGAGCAAGCUAAGCACUUGCAAAGUGUACUUUAUAAUGCAGUUCGAUACAACCCUGAUGUGAUAAUGGCAGGACAUAUUAUUUAUGACAUAUUGUACGAGCAGCACUUUUUAGGUUCUCACAAAAUCAUUCCACUCCCUGCAACUGGUUACUAUGUGCGCGAAAGAUUAGAACAAGAACUUCAACAACAUAAAUGCCAGGGUGUACCUAUAAAGACUAGUGGCUAUCAUCCGAGCAAAAUGGAGGUGUUGAUCAUGCCCAAACGGCUGUCUAAAGGUGGAUACAUUGUUGCAGAAGAAAUCAAAAACUACAAAGGAAAAGCUAAAAAAAAAUACGAAGUCAAACUCUUUGAAGAGGCAUUUAAAGGUCGAUAUAACUACUGCCAGAUAGGAGCAUAUCAGGCUGGAAUUGUUCUGGGCUAUUCUGUCAUGUCUUACUUCACAUCUGAAGUGGCAAGUUUGGGCAUUCCCUUGUUUGUGCCUACACCUCGUCUGUAUGCUGAAUGGGAGAGAAAAUACCAUCUCAUUCUGGAAAGAAAGAGUAGUUUAGAACAAGCUCGUCUGGACGACAUGAAAGAAAGUUCGCGGUCGAUAAACAUGGGAUAUAACCCGAAUGAUGAUUUCGAUGAAAAAGCAAUCUUAGAAUGGGUGAAAUAUUCGGAUUAUUAUUAUUACGGCGGCGUCCAGCAGUUUGACAGUUAUGAAGAACUAUUCGAAAAAUUGGAGAAUUCCGAUCUUCAAGCGAUGAGUGCAGCAAUGCUCAAAGAUAGAAAACAAAAUCGAGAUAAAAAUAUAAAUAAUUUGAAAGCUAUAGAAAAGUAUUUCUUCGAUGGAGAACAUGAAACAAAUACUUAUAUCCCAAAGACGUUCUCGGAGGGGAUGAAACUUUGGCAAGAAAAACUGAACCCACCUAAAUUUGAUUUUAACCAUGACCACUACACUGCGAAAAAGGAUAUCGUGAUAAUCAACUAUGACGAAUAUGUUAACGUUUUUAAAUUAAAGCCGUCAUGUGCACACGCCGUUGCAUAUGGAAUUAUAUUUUAUAGUGUUACUCUCGAGGCUUCGUAUACUAAUGUGAAUUGUACUUUUUUAAGACUGCAAGACCUGCAAUCGCAUUCUAUUGUUGCUGGAAUAAUAAAAAAGUUUCCCUUGUGGACGUCUGAUAGAGUUGUGCAAGAUUUGAUAAUUCUGAUUCAUGCAAUUCAACUUAAAGCAACAUCUGUAACGAAAUUAUUUUAUGACAAUCUUGAACUUUGUAAAGUGGCCAAGUUUACACAUGUAUUGCCCCACAUUGUUGGUUGGAGUGAGAUAACGUUUAAUAGUACAAACUUUUGGUACGCUUGGGUACCCUUUACUGAUUUUACUGUGGUUAAAAUGUGGUAUCACUUUGUUUUAAAGUUUUUGAAGUUUAAAUCAAACCAACCUAAAUGUUUUUCACUAUCACAUUCCACAUCUUAUUUCUCCACAGAAGACUUCGAGGCUUUAAAUGAUUACCUUCAGUUUUGGAAAACUGAUGAACGAAACAAUUUCUUUAAUCUCUUAGAUCAACUAAACUUUGAACUCGCUGUUCGUGGAUACACGACGAAAUACUACGCUGAGCUACACCGCACGUGGUUGGAAACAAUAUCAGGCUAUACUAACUCGACGAGUAUGUUAACGAUGUAGAUGAACUAGCAACAGAUAGCGUCAAGGUUUUACAGCAUUUUGAAUACUCAGUGAAUUGAUAGUGCUAAGCUGUAUUCGCAGUUAAUGUUUUUAAAUUUUUAAUAGGUUAUGAAAAAUUAAAUAUAAUAGCUGA